CAGGUUGCAAUGAGAUGGUGUGGAAACCACUACCCCUGAAUCACAUCGGGCUUCAAUCACGCAACACCUGCCAGAAGAUGGCCUCCCCCGAAUGAGAAAUUAGGGUAUAUUGAAGCAUGCCGCAUGCAUGCACGUCAUCAGGGUUGUUCGAUUACAAGGGUAUAACUGUCUACCUCUCCCAAACAAACCCCUGGGACCUGCCUCCGGGCCAGCACCGAAUGAAGCGAGUGUUGCGCUGAGCCCUCGGGUCGUCAUGUCAUGCCCGAGUUCCCCGUAUCCAAAAACUGUCCUUCUCCUCCUUUACCCUCGAGAUCUGUCAAGGAAAUUCCAGGUGCUGUAGGACUGUGCCGCCGCCCAUAUCUCGGUGCGCCACGCUGCAAAUGACCAA